AUGGCGGAAGCAUAUAAAGGAAUAUCAACAGAUAACAUAAAGGGACUGGUGUUGGCAUUGUCUUCAAGUUUCUUUAUAGGAGCCAGUUUUAUUGUUAAGAAAAAAGGGUUAAAGAAAGCUGGAGCUUCUGGUCUUAGGGCGGGUAAAGAAAAGUUGCACAUUUUUGGGAUUCUUGGUUGUGCUCUUUGUGUUGUGGGUUCAACAUCAAUUGUUUUGCAUGCACCUCAAGAACGUGAGAUUGAAUCUGUGAAGGAAGUGUGGGACCUUGCAACAGAGCCAGCUUUUCUCUUGUAUGCUGCUAUUGUCAUAGCAGCAGUUGUUGUGAUUAUCAUCCGCGUUAUACCCCACUAUGGGCAGACUCAUGUCAUGGUCUAUAUUUCAGUUUGUUCGCUUAUGGGCUCACUAUCAGUCAUGAGUGUCAAAGCGCUUGGAAUUGCUUUGAAGCUGACGUUCUCGGGAAUGAAUCAGUUAAUAUACCCCCAAACAUGGGCCUUUACCAUGGUUGUCCUUGCCUGUGUAAUCACUCAAAUCAAUUACUUAAACAAGGCUCUUGAUACAUUCAACACAGCAGUGGUGUCUCCCAUAUACUAUGUGAUGUUUACUUCAUUAACAAUUUUGGCCAGUGUAAUCAUGUUUAAGGAUUGGGAUGGACAGAAUGCAUCUCAAAUUGUUACAGAAAUAUGUGGAUUUGUAACGAUCCUUUCUGGGACUUUUCUUCUGCAUAAAACGAAGGACAUGGUUGAAGGUACAUCACAAUCUCUAUCAUUGCGCCUUCCUAAGCAUGAAGAAGAAGAUGAUGUACUUGAUCCUGAAGGACUCCCUCUUCGGCGUCUAGACUCUCUGCGACCAAAAUAG